AGAAAGAAAAGGAGGAAAAGGGGGAGUGACACCCAUCUACUCAUAAACAGGCAGACCAUGUGUUUCUCUUGUCCUGGUUGGAUGAACAAAUCUUCUUUAUGUGCAUUGCUGCUUGCCCUGUUGCCUAGACGAUAACUUGCUCUCACUGAAGAUGUCUGGCUCUCGUAAAGAGUUCGACGUGAAGCAGAUUUUAAAAAUCAGAUGGAGGUGGUUUGGGCACCAGCAAUCUACUCCUAAACCUAGCAUCGACUGCCAGCCAGGAGACUUCUGGGACAGAGGACGUAAUGUAACUACUGGUGGGAUAAAGUUCCUGAAUCCAGGCACCCUACCACUGCCUUUUACAUCAAUUGGUUUUCCGAAGUCCAACCAACAGGCUUUCCAGAAUUCACCUUCUUGGCCAAUGGCAUCCAGCUCUGAAGUGCCUACAUUUGAGAUCACCGCAGAGGACUGUGAAGGUGCACAUUGGCUUGAAAGACCAUAUGCUGAAGACGGAGCUAGUGAAGAAGAAAAUGUAUCUGACAGCAGUUCAUGCAGGACUUCUAGUAGCAGCCAGACUCUGUCAUCGUGUCAUACGAUGGAGCCUUGUACAUCCGAUGAAUUUUUCCAGGCUCUUAACCAUGCAGAGCAAACCUUUAAAAAGAUGGAAAACUACCUUAGACACAAACAGUUAUGUGAUGUAGUAUUAGUUGCUGGUGACCGUCGGAUUCCAGCACACAGAUUAGUGUUGUCUUCUGUAUCGGACUACUUUGCUGCCAUGUUUACUAAUGAUGUAAGAGAGGCAAGACAAGAAGAAAUCAAAAUGGAAGGUGUGGAGCCAAAUGCACUAUGGGCUUUGGUGCAAUAUGCAUAUACAGGUCGCCUUGAAUUAAAAGAAGAUAAUAUUGAGUGCCUGUUAUCUACAGCUUGUAUUCUUCAGCUCUCUCAGGUUGUAGAAGCUUGCUGUAAAUUUUUAAUGAAGCAGCUUCAUCCAUCAAAUUGCCUUGGAAUCCGGUCCUUUGCGGAUGCACAGGGUUGCACGGAUUUGCACAAAGUAGCCCACAAUUACACCAUGGAUCAUUUCAUGGAAGUAAUUAGAAACCAAGAAUUUUUAUUGUUACCAGCCACUGAAAUUGCAAAGCUUUUAGCAAGUGAUGAUAUGAAUAUUCCAAAUGAAGAGACCAUCCUCAAUGCAUUGCUUACAUGGGUGAGACAUGAUUUGGAACAAAGAAAGAUGGAUCUCAGCAACCUCCUGGCAUACAUCAGGCUGCCAUUACUUGCACCACAGUUUUUAGCAGAUAUGGAAAACAAUGCACUCUUCAGAGAUGACAUUGAAUGUCAAAAACUCAUUAUGGAAGCAAUGAAAUACCAUCUGUUGCCAGAGAGGCGGCCCAUGUUGCAAAGUCCUCGUACAAAACCUAGAAAAUCUACAGUUGGUGUGUUGUUUGCAGUUGGAGGCAUGGAUGCGACUAAAGGAGCAACAAGCAUUGAAAAGUAUGAUCUCCGUACCAAUAUGUGGACUCCUGUAGCAAACAUGAAUGGAAGAAGACUACAAUUUGGAGUAGCAGUAUUAGACGAUAAGUUGUAUGUUGUUGGUGGUAGAGAUGGACUGAAAACACUGAAUACAGUGGAGUGUUACAACCCAAAAACAAAAACUUGGAGUGUGAUGCCACCUAUGUCCACUCACCGACAUGGUCUGGGGGUGGCAGUACUGGAAGGUCCUAUGUAUGCUGUAGGAGGACAUGAUGGCUGGAGCUAUCUGAAUACCGUCGAAAGAUGGGAUCCACAGGCACGCCAGUGGAACUUUGUGGCUAGUAUGUCAACCCCAAGGAGCACAGUGGGUGUAGCAGUAUUAAGUGGAAAGUUAUACGCAGUUGGUGGUCGAGAUGGAAGUUCUUGUCUCAAAUCUGUAGAAUGCUUUGAUCCUCAUACUAACAAGUGGACACUCUGUGCUCAGAUGUCAAAACGAAGAGGUGGCGUUGGGGUAACCACCUGGAAUGGGUUUCUCUAUGCUAUUGGAGGCCAUGAUGCACCAGCUUCUAACUUGACAUCCAGGCUGUCUGACUGUGUGGAAAGGUAUGAUCCUAAAACUGACAUGUGGACUGCCGUAGCUUCCAUGAGCAUCAGCAGAGAUGCAGUGGGAGUCUGCCUUCUUGGAGACAGAUUGUAUGCUGUUGGGGGAUAUGACGGACAGACCUACCUUAACACGGUGGAGUCUUAUGACCCCCAGACAAAUGAGUGGACACAGGUUGCACCAUUGUGCCUCGGAAGAGCUGGGGCAUGUGUCGUGACUGUAAAGCUCUAAUUACAAAGAUAUCCUUCUCUUCUAUAGACUCGGGGGGUGCCCCCAAGUUACUAAAUUAUAAUCAUAUAAGGUACUGUGUAUCUUCACAGGGCAAAGAGUUUGGUCUUAAUCUAUUAGCUAAAAUGUUUUUUAAUUCAAAACGGACCAACGUUAUGCACUUUUUAAAAAUGAGUAAUGCAAUUUAUGUACAUUUAUUUGUAAUGGAAUACUCUGCAGCCAUCUGGCAGGUUACAUUAGAAAUGCGGCAACUGAAAAAUAAUUGGCGCUUACAAAUUUUGGUUCUUGCUCUAGGAGGCCCUGAGCUCUUUGUUGUAAUAAGUCUGGGCACAGUACCAUUUCCUUUCCAUUUCCAUAUAUGUUUUUGGCAUGUUCAGGAUGCAGGUAUUGACAUUGCUUUCAUUCCAAAUAAUUUGUCUUGACUAUUGGAAUAUUAUUGUUACUAUUUUUACAUGGUACAAAGACAAACCAAAUGCAGAUGGAAUCAGAGUAUCAAGGGUACCUCUUGCGUGGGAAAUGCUAUACAUUUGAUGCUUGAACUCUUCUCACCACAGCCGACAUUUUGCAGCCUUUGUUUUUUAACCAAAGCCUCACUUUAAUUAUUGUCUUAGUAUGCUAUGGAAGUGUUUGUUCUAUAGGAUACUUUCUUCAAGAGCUUUUACGCAUCCACCACACUUACUGGGUUUUCUAAUAUUUUAUGGAACUUUCUCUAUUCUAUAAAUAUUUAUAUAUCAUUUCAUCUUUCUGAGCCUGAUCGCAGUUUCACUGAAUGGCUCUCUUCCUGAAAGAAAUUCAGAAGUUGGAGUUGGGGGUGCAUUCUAAUGCAUCAUUAAAAGUGACUUUCAUUUGUGGUUUCUGAAGCAUUCCAUGAUCUGAAAUUAUAUGUAGCUAACUUUAAUUUACUUUGAAAGAGGAGUUUGCACAAAUCUUAAAACACUUUUAUAAGGUGAAAACUCGUGCCAUUUUUAGCAAGUGUUCCUUUAGCAAAAAGUGGGCAUUACCCUACAACUGGUGCAUCCUUUCGGAUUGCUCAGCUACUUCCAAAAAGACUGACAGUCUUUCCAAGGAUCAGACUUCCGUAACUAAAUUAUUUAAUACUGUAAUAGAUUUUCUUUAGUAUUUGCCUUAUGUUGACUUGUUACACUACUCAGAAUUACUUGGGUGUUCCAAGUGCUCUAUGAAACUUUUAUAUUUUCUUUUGUGCCUUGUUUCUUACAUGUUCAAAUAUGUUAUGUAACAUUCUGUUGUACUUUAUCUUGAAAAAAUCUGAAUAUGUAAACUAAAGGAUUUCUUUUUUUCUGAAAGUAAAUGGAAUGUAUCUGACAAAUA